GCAGGCGCCUGCGCGAAGGGACGUCGCAUGCGCAGAGAGGUGAGCUGGCUGACAGAUUCUUGGUGGUGGUGGUGGCGGCGGCGGCCCUGGGCUGCGGGGAAUGGGAGUCCUAGGGCUCUGACUGAGCACCGCCCCCGCCUCCCUGUCCGCGACAUGGCUCAGGAGAAGAUGGAGCUGGAUCUGGAGCUGCCUCCGGGUACGGGCGGGAGCCCGGCGGAGGGCGGCGGCACUGCCGGCGGCGGGGGCCUCAGGAGGUCUAACAGCGCCCCCCUGAUCCACGGCCUCAGUGACACUUCGCCGGUGUUCCAGGCCGAGGCGCCGAGCGCCAGGAGGAACAGCACAACGUUCCCCAGCCGCCACGGCCUGCUGCUACCGGCCUCCCCUGUCCGCAUGCACAGCAGCCGCCUGCACCAGAUCAAGCAGGAGGAGGGAAUGGACUUGAUCAACCGAGAGACGGUCCAUGAGCGGGAGGUGCAGACCGCAAUGCAGAUAAGCCACUCCUGGGAGGAAAGUUUCAGCCUGAGUGACAACGAUGUGGAGAAAUCCGCCUCCCCGAAGCGCAUCGAUUUCAUUCCUGUGUCACCAGCACCGUCACCCACUCGGGGAAUCGGGAAGCAGUGCUUUUCACCAUCCUUGCAAAGUUUUGUGAGUAGCAAUGGAUUGCCUCCAAGCCCUAUUCCCAGCCCAACGACCCGAUUUACUACUCGGAGAAGCCAGAGUCCCAUCAAUUGCAUUAGACCAAGUGUUCUUGGACCAUUGAAAAGAAAAUGUGAAAUGGAAACUGAGUAUCAGCCAAAGAGAUUUUUCCAAGGCAUCACCAACAUGCUGUCUUCUGACGUUGCACAGCUGUCAGAUCCCGGUGUGUGUGUAUCUUCAGACACCCUUGAUGGAAACAGCAGCAGUGCCGGAUCUUCUUGUAACUCACCAGCGAAAGUCAGCACUACCACCGACUCUCCUGUGUCACCUGCCCAAGCGGCCUCUCCAUUUAUCCCACUUGAUGAACUAUCAUCUAAGUGAUUCACGCAUCCUGAGACUGUUUUGUGUUGUGUUUUUUCUUCUUUUUUUUUUUUUGCAAUGGAGAGAGAGAGUAAUCAAGUUGGAGC